AUGCCGGCUGAGCUGCUACUGCUGCUGACUGUUGCCUUCGCCAGCCCCAGCUGCCAGGUGCUCUCGUCACUGCGCAUGGCUGCCAUCCUGGACGACCAGACAGUGUGUGGCCGCGGUGAACGUCUGGCCCUGGCCCUGGCCCGGGAGCAGAUCAACGGGAUCAUCGAGGUCCCAGCCAAGGCCCGCGUGGAAGUAGACAUCUUUGAGCUGCAGCGGGACAGCCAGUACGAGACCACGGACACCAUGUGUCAGAUCCUGCCCAAGGGGGUCGUGUCUGUCCUGGGGCCCUCCUCCAGCCCUGCAUCGGCCUCCACCGUGAGCCAUAUCUGUGGGGAGAAGGAGAUCCCCCACGUCAAGGUGGGUCCCGAGGAGAUGCCCCGCCUUCAGUACCUUCGCUUCGCGUCUGUCAGCCUGUACCCAAGUAACGAGGACGUCAGCCUGGCGGUCUCCCGGAUCCUCAAGUCCUUCAACUACCCCUCGGCCAGCCUCAUCUGCGCCAAGGCCGAGUGCCUGCUGCGAUUGGAGGAACUGGUGCGAGGCUUCCUCAUCUCCAAGGAGACGCUGUCGGUGAGGAUGCUGGACAACAGCCGGGACCCCACGCCGUUGCUCAAGGAGAUCCGAGAUGACAAAGUGUCCACCAUCAUCAUCGACGCCAACGCAUCCAUUUCCCACCUCAUUCUCCGUAAG